AUGGCAAACAACGACCGGUUGCUUCCAGAGAAUUUUGUACGCAAUGUGAACGGCUACGCGGAAUAUGUACUGCCAAGCAGAAUAAUUCCAGACUAUGGAAUCAAAUUCCGCGUUCACCACCGCACCGGACAAACCCGAAUAUGGCGGUUAGUUUCAUUAUUAUUUUUGAGAGUAACAAUGAUGAGAAGCUCCGUUUAUAAUGAACGUCUUAAAUUUUGUGAAGCAGAAAUUGCAGAAAAAAACUUUUCUUCGUAAGAUGAACAUUUUUUUCAACGAAACCAAAUUUCUUCACUGAAAUGACAAAACUGUUUUAAAACAUCUUCCAAGCGCAAAAAAACCAUAAUAAAAAAAACUGAGAAAGAUCUACAUUUUCAAAAAAAAAAAAAAUAGUUUGUGAAAGUUUUUUUAGUGUACCAUCAACAGUUUUUUUCAAGUUUCGAGCCAUUAACAGAAACUUUAAGUAUAUUUUUUUGGGCUUCAAAUAACUAUGAUACGUAGACGUUAUGAGAUAUUCUCUCAAUAAUUCUCGUAUACUUGAGAAAACAAAAUGUAAAUUGGAUGAAAAGUCCGAUUAUAACAAUGAAACCCAUAAAAAUUUGCUCUCAUCAUUUUUUUCAAAUUUUGUUCAGAUGCUCCCACUGUGUCCUGUACGACAGAACUGAUCUAUCCGGAAGGACAGGAAAUUACCCAGUCUGGCCGAUCAACGGCCAUACAGCCAAGGAAUGCAGCGGAUUUUGGGAAACUGAGCCAGAUGGAGGAGUUCACAUUUGUGGAUGGCCGAGUACCGAACACUACCUCAAAGUCAGUUUUUCAGAUUUCAAACAGAAGAAGGUGUUUUAAAAGGUCAAAAUACUCCGAAAAAUAAACUUUGAGGAUGUAGAGUCGCAAUUCGGAUUAGGAAGAUAAGUUCUAGUAGAAUAUGAAAAUCAGGAAAGUGUCAAAAAGUUUAUUUCAUGAUGCGAUUUUUCUGUUUUUCAUGAAGUUUAUCAGAAAUAUACUUCAUUUUGCAAAUAUUCAAAGUUUUCUUGAUAUUUGAAAAACUAUUAAUGAAAAAUUUAGAGGAGCAUCGGAAAGUUAUUCAAUGGUCAAAAAAAGGAAAUCAAGUUUUUUACAGUUUUCUUGUUUUUGAGGUUUCAGAAUGCUCAAAAAAUGUUUCUCUUUAUCUCUUUUUUUUCUUCCUUUUCAUUAUCAAUUUUCAGAGAUUAAAAACGGCAGAUGUUGUUCCCACCAUUGAUCACUCGAAAAAAAGAAGUACGCUAACUUUUUCCAAAUCAGUCACAAAGCUCUUCUUUCAGACCGCCCAUAAAAAAACUGUCAAGUACACAGCGAUUGUGAGCGGAUUCCCAGUGACGGAUUGCUUCCAGGUGAACGACGGAAAAGUAAAAAUAUUUUGGAAAAAUUAUUCUUUUACUCCUAUUUCCUCUGUUUCAAAUUGUGUACUUCUGUGCAAUGUUCAUUUCAUAAUAGCCUCCAAUAGUUUUCGAUUCUCAUGUCGACUAUCUCUUGACGGCUUGCAAAUAGCGACCGAUUGUAUCGUCGCUUCGAUUCCUCUGCGUGUCUGCCAUUCAAACAGACGCUGGCGGUUUGCCGCGCCGCAAACAGUCGAUAACACGCGUAGCGGACGCGCCGCGUGCGGUUGCAGCGGAGACGGCAGAGAAGCAGACAAAAAAGGGGGAGGCAAAUGCGGCGGCGCAUGUUUACAUCCAACUUCUUUCUGCCGUUGCUUGGGGGAACCGAAUGGCAUGAAAUAUGAUUUCGGCGUUUUUUGCCAAUGGGAAAAUUCGAUUUUUGAAUGCUUUAUUUUCAUGAACAAAGAGCAAAAAUGGAAAGUUCUAAACUGAUUCAAUUUGGAGAAUUUUUAAAAGAGAGUUUUCCAGAAAUGAAAAAAAUGGAUUACAAUUAAAACAUGUUGGAAAACGCUCUUUGCUGCUCUUUUCAUACAAAGGAGGCAAUUAUUAAGAACCUGAAAUGAUUGAAAAAGUGUAGUUUUUUUGUGCAGGAAUAAUCCCCAAAAUGCACAAUAAAGCGGAUUUUUUUGUUUUUUUAUGUUAUUUUCCAAAGACAUCAGCGUGAAAAAAGUCAAGUAGGCAGCUUUUGAGUUUUAUCUUUUUGAAAACCAAAGAACAACGAAUUUAUUUUGAGCAGUGAACUUUUUUUCCGCCUUUUUCAAAGUGAAAAUGAAUCAAUUCAUCCAAAAAAAAAUUUUUUUACUAUCGAAAAAAACCAAAAAAAAAAAUCAAUACCUUACAUAAAGUUAGGUAUUGACUGAAUAAAGCUAAAAAAAUGUUAUUAAACAAAACUUUCUUCCAAAAUUGAUUUCUUUUUUUAUCUAUGAGUUUUUCAGGACUUGGUCCCACUGAAGGAAUACGAAUUGGAGACGUUCCGCUGCCUGAUCUGCAAUCAACGCCGCCACAAAGCCAAAAUGAUUGUUUUCUUGGCGCACUCGAAAGUAUGCGAAAAGUGGAUUCAUUUGCUUGGUGAGAAAGUAAACGAUCUCUAAAUGUAAUAAAAAAACAUUUUCAGGAGGACAGCCAUUCCGCAGAAAGUUAGAAAGAACUAAGAUGAACCACCAGAGGAUCUGUCGGUCGCACUUUCCUUUCACUGAGAAUUUCGUGAGAUUGAGAUCUCCAGAUAUUCCAAUCAUCCUGGAAGGAACAGAUGUAAACUAAACGCAAUGAAAAAACGGUGAAAGGGUUAUAUUUUUUUUUAGGAAGAAGGAAUGCUCCCAGAGCCUAUCAGAAACGAGCACGACUACCUCUUCACAAGAUCGGUAAAUUCAAUAACUCUUUUUGUUCCAAGCGUCGGCUUUCAGAAGGACCUUUUGCUGUCCGGCGAAUGCUACACCGACGAUGUCAAAGAAGAAGAUCCCUAUGAAGAACUCAGAAGGAGAGAAGCUCUUCGCGACGUUUCCACCGUCAAAACGUUCCCUGUCAACAAACCGGGACGAAGUCCCUUCCAUGGUAAUCCCAUACCACAAGAAUUGUUGCUAUUUCCAUUUCAGGAGCGAUUCUUGGCCGGAAAAGACCAUCUCCUGAGCCUCUCUCAGAAGUCAAGGAAGAAUGUCCUGAUUCGAUGCCCGAGGAAGAAGAAGUUUUACCGCCGCCGCCGCCGAUGAAGAAACUCAAAGGUCUUCCUAUCAAGCAGCUCUGCAGUCCAGCUUCCGCACAAGAACAUGCUGACUGCGCUGCUUGUGUGGCCGCCAAGGCACCCAAACGAGGUAUUUUUGAAAUUUCUAGCAGCAGUUAUUUAUUUUAGAAGGACGGCAAAUGUGUAUUAGUUGGAAAGGUUCAACAGAAAGUUUUCAUUUCCAGGCCGCCCGAAGAAGAGCAAGAAGCGCGGACGCCCAAAGAAGAACGACGAUCUCAACGAUCGUGACGUCUAUUCCAACGUCGCCAAAUAUCAAAAGCCGAAGCCAACAACUGCGCGGACUUUGCAUUUGGGUUAGUGAAAUAUAACAAAGAUUAUGAAAACAAAAAUAAACCGCGAAAAUUUCAGAGCAGGAGAAGCUGGCAAAACAGUCUCAAGGAAGACAAGUAACUCCUUCGAAUCCACCUCCUCAAGUUCCGCAAGAGCCUCGGGUCAUGACUCCUCCGAUAAAAGUCGAAGAAGUCGUGGUUAAAGAAGAGAUCGAAGAUUAUUCUUACGAUCAGGUCAUGGAAUACGACACUGUCGAUGGUAAGGAUUCUUAUUUUCCUAUUUUUUUUCCUAAUUUUCCAAACUUUUUUUUCUAAGUUUUAAGAUAUCAAAGUGAAAUGAAACUUUCUAUCUUUACAUUUGCAGAAAAAGUCGUCAAACAAGAAGUCGAAGCGGAUCCAGGACCAUCCGAGGUGCCAAUGGAUCAACAGCCUUCAACGUCAGCAGACGUAAACACCUACCCUCCUGCUACCUUCGAAGCUGAGCCCAAGACCGAACUCAAGACAGAAGAAUUGGAAUCCGUGCCGGAAUACUUACCAAAUCCUGCCUCUGUGGAGAAAUCGCAUUUUCCGGGUUCAACGGUGCCUGAAAUCACGCAGCAUCCGACCAAGCCGGCGUGCCUUAUUUGCAUGACGGAAUGCAUCAUUACAUAUGAAAAGAACGACCUUUCGGUGAGUUUUAUUUUUGAAAACUGUUUCUUUCAGUAGAACUGUGAUAUAAAAAAAAUAAUGUUGCAAAUAAUCGAAAAAGUUUAAUCAAUUCUAAAUUCGUAUUUUUGCCCAAAAGUACUUCUUUUUUGAAAAGGUCAUAUAUAAAUUGAAAUAAAAGAAAUCCAGUUUUUGUUCCAAAUUUCUUAUGAACCUAUUACCCAACUAAGUUAAAAAGUAAAAAAAAUCUCAUUUUUAUAUAUCAGUUCUAGCUUUAUUUUUUUCACAAAAAAAUUAUAUUUAAAGGUUGAUUUUCAGCAACUUCGAUGCAAAAACGGUCACAUUUAUUCAAGAAGGGCGAGACACUGUUUGAAAACCAACAAAAUAUUCUUCGAACAUUUCUGA